UGGACUUUUUACUAUUUUCAACUUACAUUAAUAACUUGCCUCUGUCUUGCAAAAAUCUUCUCCUGUUGAUUCGUUGCUGUUAGUGAUGAUAUUUAGAUGGCUUUAAAGGCUGCAUCAACCCAUUCAUCGGCAGUCGUCAGCUGUCUUUAGAUUAUGAAGAUAAAUGUUAUGUAAAAAAAAAAAAAAAAAUACUCCAGUAAACGAGAUAUAUAAAUAUCACACUUCAAAGAAGUGUUCAAAAAAUUAAUCAAUUGAGAAGAAUAUUUGACAUAUCCCACAUUAGGUUUUAAGUUUUGCGGUGCCUCUGCUCAAUAGUUUCAGGUUUUGUACGCCGGCUGUCGCUCGAGAGUGGCUCUGGAUCUUCACCCAGCCUAACCGAUGACAUCAUGGGCAGAGAAACUCGGCGCGGGAGUGGUUAGUGAACAAAUGGGCAGCAGUGGAACGUCAGCUUUCUCGGACGAUACAGAAUUUCUUAGCGCGGGGGAGCCUCCCGUGCUCGUGCAAGGUUUCAUCCGGAUGCUUCGGCACAAGGGAAUCCCGUUAAGCGGGUAAUCGGCAUCCCAUCUGCCGCCGCUCACGUCGGACUUGGCUCGACGCGCUACUUCUACCGUUCUCGUCAGACGUCCGAAAAAGGCUCAAAGCCAGCAGAAGGCAGCCACCGGCCGCCGCGGGUCAUGCCGCUGUCUCCUCAAGCGGAGAGGAACUGGGAGCAAGUGUGCUCGGUGCUGCAGGAAGCGCUGGAGGAGCAGCCCGGCCGGCAGCUCUUCGCCCUGGAGCUGGGCUCCGGAACCGGGCAGCACGUGGUCCGUUUCGCCCAGAAGAUGCCCUUCGUCACCUGGCAGCCGUCGGACAUCCAGGAGGAGGCCCGGCAGAGCAUCAGGGCGUACAUCGCCGCCACCAACCUGACGACGGUGUUGCCACCUGUGCACCUGGAUGCCAGCGAACCUUGGGAGAAGUGGGGAGGGGUCCCCCGUGGGUCCUGUGACGUCAUUGUCGCCGUGAACCUACUGCAGUACAGCAGCUUCAAGACAGCACGGGGCGUUUUGAACGGGGCAGGGCAGAUCCUCAAGGCUAACGGUCUCUUGGUGACGUACGGGGCGUACGCCAUCAACGGCACCAUCGCUCCUCCGUGCAACCGACGUCUCCACGAAGAGCUUCGCAAAAUGAAUCCCGAGUGGGGACUUCCGGACGUGGACGUGCUCCGACAGCUGGCCUACGGAAACGGGAUGCGCAUGGAGAGGAUGGUUAAACUCGCACACGCUGGUUUAAAAAAAAAUAAAAUAAAAUUGUGACACAAAAAAAAAAAAAAAUGACUGUCUUUUGUCAUACAG